UUGCAGCCCUGCGUCCAGGUCUGUUCAUCAGUUUGGUAUUUCGUGAAUCAAUUCGCUGGAUAAAAUAAGUAAAACACAGAAAACCUGCGCAUAUAACUACAUUCAACAUGGCAAAAAACACUUCGAGCAAUGCGUUUCGGAAAAUCGAUGUGGACCAGUAUAACGAGGACAAUUUCCGAGAAGAUGAUGGCGUCGAUAGCGCCGCCGUUGGUCCGGACGAGAACGAAAUCACAUCCCUGUUAACAAAAGGCCAGGGUGUGGAAGCGCUGCUCAGCGCGCUCCAAAACGCGCCCCUACGUUGUAAAAUCCAGCACGUCAAGGACAACGCACUGAAUAUAACACUGCGCGUACUGUUAUCGAUCAAGUCAACGCAAAUCGAUCAGGCAAUCGACUUACUGGAACAGAACGACCUGAUCGAUGUGCUCAUGAAAUACAUAUAUCGGGGCUUCGAAACACCCUCCGAGGGCUCCAGUGGGCAUCUGCUGCAGUGGCACGAGAAGGCGUUCGCCAAGGGCGGCGUUGGCUGCAUCGUACGUGUGCUCUCCGACACGAACCGUGCCUAAAGUGCACUCAUUACAGAAACAAGCAACCAGAUAAAUCAAUCACAAGUGUUGUUGUUUUUGCCAUUACUAUAAAAACCCGUUAAAUAUCCGAGCUAGAGCCCUAGUCCAAGCGCUAGUUGGAUUAUGCCGCAAUAAAAAAUUACAGUUUUCCAAAUAAGAUUUUAUUACAAAACUGCCUAGUAUAUUUGGAUGGAAACAUAAAAUGAAAACAUAAAUAUGUCGACUUUAGAGCGGCGCCAUCAACGGCGUGCUUAUUCUGUUUUCAAACGUCAUAUCUCCGCGCGGAGUCACUACGUUCGCAGUUAUUAUGUUUUCAUUUUAAACUGAUAAUCUAGAUAAUCGCGGAGUUGAGCCCUCUCAACUACAGCGUGAUUGCUUCCUUUUAACCAGAAUAAAAACGCAGUCGUUUCAAAAUUA